AUACAAAGUUUAACGAAAAAUCCAUGCUUACGGGGUGAAAAUGGCAGGCUUCCUCGAUAAUUUCCGUUGGCCAGAAUGCGAAUGUAUUGACUGGAGUGAGAGAAGAAAUGCCGUGGCUUCUGUGGUGGCAGGCAUAUUGUUUUUUACAGGUUGGUGGAUAAUGAUUGAUGCCGCCGUGGUGUACCCUAAGCCGGAGCAGUUGAACCAUGCCUUUCACACGUGUGGCGUGUUCUCCACAUUGGCUUUCUUCAUGAUAAAUGCUGUGUCCAACGCUCAGGUGAGGGGGGACAGCUAUGAAAGCGGCUGUUUGGGAAGAACAGGUGCUCGAGUUUGGCUCUUCAUUGGUUUCAUGUUGAUGUUUGGGUCACUUAUUGCUUCCAUGUGGAUUCUUUUUGGUGCAUAUGUUACCCAAAAUACCGAUGUUUAUCCAGGACUGGCUGUGUUUUUUCAAAAUGCACUUAUAUUUUUUAGCACUCUGAUCUACAAAUUCGGAAGAACUGAAGAGCUGUGGACCUGAGAGCACUUCUUAGAUCACAUUUCCUUUUGUUUUGUUAUAUUUGUAGAUGAGUUUUUCUCUCUCAACAUAAUUUACACAUUGCCAAAUGGGAUAGAUUGUACAUUGUUUUGUUUCUUUACACUUUUAUGCUCUGAGUUUUGAAGUAGUUUUAUGAAGUGUCUGUCCUUUUUUAAAAUCAUUGAAUAGAUUGUUAAUAUGUACAUAUAUAAAACUAUAUAGAUGGGAUGAUGAGUAUCAGUUUUUUAUUCCUGAAGACUUAAAGCUUGACCUAUUCCCUGAGCCAGGGUUGUAUCUUCAUGUCAUUUUAGAAUUUUGUUUUUAGUAUCUUUAGUUUUAGUAUCUUUAAUUUCUGAAGAUGUGCAAAAAAAA